CCAUUUCUGUACUUGUUGGUUGGAUUCUGGGGCAAGCUGUGGACUUAAACUUUCAGCUUUUGGAGACAGCAAAUAAGUCCAGAGUGUGUACAUUGGAAGUAUGAGGAGAAGCUAAGAUCAGUUUCAGAGGAGAAGAAAGUAAGUUAUGAGGAUUGGAGCAAUCAGAUGAACGAAGUUUUAAUAUAUCAUGAUCUUUGUAACAUUGUUGAAACAACCACCGAACCAACUACACUUGAUUGGAGCAAGAAGAAUGCUACAUGACUGUAUUAGUAGUAGCCUUCAUGCUGCAGGUGUAACUGAUGAGGUGUUGUGUCUAGGUUUUGGACCAGUGAACUAAUGGUGCUGCUCUUAUUACUACUCUUAUCCAUAUAGAUAGCUGACUUGGCAUUUAAUUUUGAGAUUCAUCAUGGUGGGCAGUUUGUGUGGAACCCAGAUUUGGUAUAUUUAGGAGGUAGUACUUCUUUUGUUGAUAAUGUUGACCCAGAUAGACUUAGUUAUUUUGAAAUACAAGAUAUUUGUUCUAAUGUGGGGGCAGUUAGUACAAGUAGAUAUCAUUAUCUUAUUCCUGGAGGUAAUUUGGAGUAAGGGUUAAGGCUUAUAAAUGGAGAUGAUGAUAUAGUUUAUAUGUGUGAGAUCCAUGCUGCAUGGCCUACAGAUAAGAUAACACUAUAUGUUGAGGGUGGUGAGGAGCCACUUGCAGUUGAACAACCAUUUGGUAAUGAGGAAGUAGCAAAUGAUGAUGAUGUGUAUGAGGUGGGUGAGAGUGAUGAUGAUGUGCAUAUGGUGCAUAAGGGAGGUAAUGUGGAUGCUGAAGGAGGUGGUGGACAAGAUUUUGAUUGGUUAGAGGAAGGGUUUGAGAGGCCAGAUUUUGAUGAUGAUGUAUUUGGAAGUAUAGAUGAUGGGUCAUCUACACAUGCAACCCCACAUAGGCCCUCUGAAGGAGAUGAUGGGUCAUCUACCCAUGAGGAUGUACAUGUGUAUGCAGCCCUACGUAGGACUACUGUAGUUGACAAUGACCCACCUCUUGAAGAGGGUGAAUGGAUUGACCCACCUCUUGAAGAUGACAUGGAAAGUCUAGUAGGGUCUGAUGAUGAUCAGCCAACACCAGCUGCAAAAGAACCUGAGUUUAAUGUCCAAACUGACAUGAGAAAACCAGAGUUAAGGAAAGGAAUAAAGCUUCCAAACUCUAAAGUAUUUAGGGAGGCAUUGAGGGAAUAUGCGAUAAAGAAGCCAGUAGAUAUCAAGUUCAAGCUGAAUGAGAAGAAGAAGAUAUCAGUUUAUUGCAUCAAUGAAUGUGGAUGGAGGUGUUAUGCAUCUCAACUACCUAAGAGUUGACAUUCCAAAUAAAAACAUUCAAUCCAGAGUGCACUUGCCCUAGAUCCUUUAAACACAGCCAAGUGACUUCAAGUUAUGUUGCAAAGAAGUUUAUGCAGGAGUUUGACAAAAACCCCAAUUGGAAAGUGGUUGGUGUUCAACAUCAUGUGAAGCAAGCACUUGAAAUUGACAUAAGUUACAGUCAAGUGUAUAGGGUAAAAAGGAAAGCUACUGACUUGAUUACUGGGGAUGAACAGUUGCAAUAUGGGAAACUUAGGGAUUAUACAGAGAUGAUAAGAUUGAAUGAUAAAGAAAGUAGGGUUAUUUUGUAAACUGAAAUGGAAGAUGAAAAUGCACAACCCAAAUUUAAGAGAAUGUAUAUUAGGUAUAAUGCACAAAAACUUGGGUUUUUGGGAGGUUGUAGACCAAUCAUUGGUUUAGAUGGGUGCCACUUGAAAGGGAGAUUUAGGGGGCAAAUACUUUCUGCCAUAGCUAGAGAUGCAAAUGAUAAUAUUUUCCCAAUUGCAUUUGCUGUUGUUGAGCAAGAAAACAAAUAUUCAUGGGUAUGGUUUCUGCAGCAGGUUUCAGAUGACAUUGAGAAUCCAGAGCAACUUAAUCUGGUCUUCAUCAGUGAUAGACAAAAGGUAUGACCUACAAUUGUACUAACAUAUUUAACCCACAUAUUUAAAGUUCAAUAAUACAUGCUUCAGUUCAUUUCAACAUGUUUAACUAACAUAUUUACUUGAUCUGUUUUGUAUAUGAAUUAGGGUCUUAUACCUGCAAUUGAGAUGCUGUUCCUAACUUGUGAGCAUAGAUAUUGUGUGAAGCAUAUCUAUAAUAAUUUUAAAGUGGAUCAUAAGGACUUAGAGUUGAAGGAUGCACUGUGGAGAUGUGCUAAAGCCACAACAAUCAGGGAGUUUGAGAGAAGAAUGUAGGAAAUGAAGGAUUUAGAUGUCAAGGUAUGGGAGUAUCUUGCUGACAUCAACCUUGCAUAAUGGUCUAAGUCUCACUUUAGUAGUAGAGUUUUGUGUGACUGUUUAGUUAAUAACUUGAGUGAGUCUUUUAAUGCCAUGAUCUUAGAAGCUAGGGAUAAGCCAUUUUUAGCAAUGUUGGAGUGGAUUAGAGUUAGGCUCAUGACCAAACAAUACAAAAAUAUGAGAGGUAUAGCAAAAUACACUGAAAAAGUUUGUUCUAAUAUUCAAGACAAAUUAAAGAAGUUAAAACAUGAAUCUAUACCUUUCAGUGCUACUCCAGCAGGCAGCUUCAUGUAUGAGGUUGAUAAUGGUUGUGAGAGACAUGUGGUUGAUUUGGCUAAGAAAGCAUGCAGUUGUAGGA